AUGUUAAAAAAAAAAUCAAAUCGAAGUCAUAUCAAUUCACUGUGUCGCGGAUAUUUUAUGGUUAUUCAGCAUAUCUGUUUCAAAAUAAUUGGGUUGGCGCCCUGGUCGAUAGAUAAACGUAACGCUGAUCAAAUGAACUUCAAAAAACAUAACAAAUGCAAUUUUUCAUAUGUUGGAACAUGUUAUAAUAUUUUGUUUUUCACAUUUAACGUUUUCUUAAAUUUUAAUUUUUUAAUUAAUAAAGCAUAUCAACCAUUUGACUCUGAACAAGCACUACCAUCAACAUUGAGAGAAAAAAUUUCAUUCAUUUUACCACUUAUUAUAAAUAUGAUUCCAUUAGUUUUUGUUAUUCGUCAAAAAUCUAUGAUAGGUAUCAUUAAUCGAUUUGAAAUUGUGGAUGAGAAAUUGAAGAAAUGUGAUGAUUAUAAAAUGAACAGUGAUUACAAUAAUUAUUUUACAUUCAUUGUUAACUUUGUAUUAUUCAAUGGCCUAUUUAUGAUGCAAAUAUAUAAUUUUUCGUUUACUGUAUUAUUUAUUCAAAUUUCAUAUACUAUUAUCAGUAGUGGAGUAAUGAUACAAUACACAAUACUUUUGAACUUGACGGCUCAACGAUUUGAAAAAGUUAAUUCGUUAAUUUCGAAACUCUAUAAUAUCAGAAUUGAUGUGGCUCGAAUACAUAUAUUAUCCUCGAUUCAAACACCAUUAUCAUAUGAACAAUUACUUCUCUAUGAUAUUAACGACAUAAUAUAUGCCUAUGUUGAACUGUGUGAAAUAUGCGAUAAUCUUAAAAAUUUCUAUGGAUUUCCUAUUUUAGUAAUAACUUUGUUUUUCAGUGCGGGAGGUGUUUUUAUUUUGUACUUCAUAAUCUUAGUUUUGAUUAGCAUAAUACCAUUUUCCAAUCAGGUAUACAUGAAUCUAACGCUUGUAUCUUGGAUCACUUUUUCACUGAUAGCGCUGACUUCUAGUGUCACGAAAACAAUAGAACAGAGUCAAAAAACAGUUAAGCUUGUAAAUUUACUUAUGCUGCGUCCUUUCACAAAUCAUAAAAUCAAGGAACAAUUAGCUCAGUUUUCAAGUGUGAUCUCGCAUUUAAAGGUUAAGUUCACUGCCUGCGAUAUUAUGCCACUAGAUCGUUCACUUUUAGCAAUCAUCAGUUCUACAAUCGCAACGUAUCUCGUAAUUGCUGUACAAUUCCGUAUGGGCUCACCUGCUGAUUAAUUAAUUCAUAUUUUUUAAAGUAUUUUAACAUAUGUGCAAGUGUAUUUA